AUGGCUGAGACCGUCAUCAUGAAUGGCGGUCCUAUCGCCGAGGACAACAUCAUCAACCGCCGCGGCGGCGAAUCGAUCUAUCAGAGCUGUGUGAAUCUCAAGAAGCGCCUGGCCGAAGUACCGAACUUCGAACCCCAUAUGCGAGAGAUGGAAGAAGCAGAUGUGGUUAAGGGGAUCACCGAUCCUGUGGCGUCGCUGUGGAAUUGUCUCCGGACGGGGUACCCCUUGUUGACCAUCUACAAUGCUUCCGGGCCGGAAGAGUACCUCGAGGUUGAUACCACAAAAGUCGCAGAGGCCAAGCGCCCAAAGGCCGCCACUUUCAAAUUUCUCCAUGCGUCUUUGAAGGAGCUGGGAUUUCCUCAGCAGGACUGCUUCCUCAUCACGGAUCUUUAUGGCGAGAAUACUACCGGCUUCACCAAAGUGAUCAAGAUGGUGAAUCGUGUUCUGGACAUCCUGGAGAUGCAGGGACAGCUUAAGCGACCGUCGGAUAUUGGACCAGGGACCCCCGCGAAAGGUACCGUCAAGCUCACGAAACGGGAACAUAUCCUCAAGGAGUUGCUGGAAACGGAGCGCGACUACGUCCAUCAUCUCCAGAACCUACAAGCCCUCAAAAAGGAGCUAGAAGAGACGAGUGCGGUGAAUGGUGAUGCUAGCCACCAGAUCUUCUUAAACCUCAACAAUCUGCUCGAUUCUGCCCAGCGGUUCUUAAUCCGUAUCGAACAGCACUAUGCUCUGCCCGAAGAGCGACAAAACUGGGGCGAGUUGUUCAUACAACAUGAGGAGGCCUUUCGGCAAUACGAGCCCUUCAUUGCUAAUCAGAUGCGCUGUGAUGAGAUCUGCCUAAGAGAUUGGGACAAAAUCCACGUGGCCCCGCGCUCUAAGGAUCUGCUACAGAUGGUGGCGCAACCUGCGACGUUGAAUGGUUUCUUUGUCAAACCUUUUCAGCGCUUAACGAAAUAUCCGCUGAUGCUUGGGGAGCUCCUUAAACAACUAGAAGACCCAGACCUCCGGGCUGAUAUUCAGAGGGCCAUCGACGCCAUCCAGUCUGUUCUCGACUCCGCAAAUGAUGCCAUUGACAAAGAACACCUGCAGACAGCAGUCAAGGAUCUUGAUGAACGGGUCGACGACUGGAAAGCUCUGAAAAUCGAAGCGUUUGGCGACCUCCUUCGUUUUGGUACUUUCUCGGUCAUCAAGGGUGACAACGGCAAGGACUCUGAAAGAGAGUAUCAUAUUUAUCUAUUCGAACGGAUUCUUCUUUGCUGCAAAGAUAUCAAUCCCAAUAAGCAGAAGUCCAAAUUGAACCUAGGCAAAGACAAACCCGCCAUGACGGCUAAAGGCAAAGCGCGGCUCCAGCUUAAAGGCCGCAUCUACAUGGCAAACGUGACCGAUGUCCUUUGUCUUCCCAAGCCAGGUUCUUAUCGAAUCCAAAUUUUCUGGAAGGGCGACCCGGGGGUUGUGGACAACUUCAUUAUCCGCUACCAGAACGAGGAUAGUAUGCGCAAAUGGAGCAGGGACAUUGAGGCACAGCGGGCGAUCCAGGCAGAGCAGCGCAGUGCUCGCAACACCGGCACUUCCGAGACCGAAUUUACCUACAUGAGAUCCAUGGCAAACAUGCCCAACCCGUAUCAACAGGAGUACGACGCCGAAGAACAGGCUGCGACUCAAGAAGCAGGCUUCUUCUCGGAAUUCCCGAUGAGCCGCAAUGCAUCAAGCACCAGUCUGAGGACGCGCUCGGCAACAGGAGGAAGCGGUAGCUCUGGCCGCCCUCGCCUGCCUGUACCCGAUCCAAACCUAUCACUUCACACGCAUCUCUCCGGCGGCAGUAUGUCACCAGCCGAGCGAAAUGCUCCCUCAUAUUUCUCUCCUGUCGCCGAAACGCCAUCUACGAGGUCCAGCUCUCAAUCUACCGGGUUUUCAUAUGGUCGUCAGAUGACGCCCACGGCCAAUUGGAAUGAGGAAAACGCCCGCUAUACAGCCCCAGCGCUGUCUCGUGCGACGUCAAGAGAUGGGCCAAAUUCGAACCCUUACUUCAGCGGGACUCCCAAUGGACGAAGUGCUCAGCGACCCUCUCUCCCUCCGAUGUCAGGAGCCCAGGCGGCAAAUGGCAUGGCCCAGAGAAUGCGAUCCGCCAGUAGCCCCGACAUCCAUAACCACAACCCGGAAAUGCGUCGUUACAUGGGCGCCCACACGAUGCAGACCGUGGACAACGUGCCUGUUCCGCCAAUCCCUGCUCAUAUUUCCAGCAUGAUGGCACCGGUCAACCGAAGCCAGAACAACUCCCCCACCAACGCUAACCUUCCUAUCCGCAACGCCAACCACCUUUCCAACUCACAACAAUCCGACCUUCGGCAUGCCCCGGCGACGCAUUUCCAUGAGCCUCAAUAUUCCGAUUACUGCCCUAGUACAUCGGCUACUGAUCAGCCAACUUCUCCUCUGAGCCACGAGCCCGACGAAGAGCCCCUCAUGCCUACCCAGCUUAAGGUUAAGGUGAAUUUUGACGACAACUACGUCACCCUGGUUAUCGCUAGCAACAUCAUGUUCCGCUCCCUCAUUGAUCGUGUGGAUGCCAAGCUGGCCCGGUUCACCAACCGCUCGAUUGCCAGUAAGUCGGUCAGAUUACGAUACCGCGACGAAGAUGGAGACUUCGUUACGAUUGACAGUGACGAGGCCGUCCAACUGGCGUUCAUGGAGUGGCGCGAGCAACAGCGUGACAUGCUUGCUAGGGGUCAAGUAGGAGAGAUUCAACUCUACUGCCAGGCGGUGGAGACUUAG